AUGCGCAUUCAGCGCGCGGUUUCUGGGAGGACGGGUGAAGGCGACCCACAGAAAGACCCAAGCCAGGGGCCGGUAACGCCGAACCAUCCCUUCGUGCCCGCCUCCCAACCGACGUUCCUGAGGACAGCAACACCUCCCAGAAGGCUUCGCGGCCCGAUUCAACUUCCGGCCAGAAAGCUGUUUGCGUUUCCUGUGUGAGGAGGAGGCGUCGUAAGUCCUGCGCCGAAGGCCGGGCUGGAAGGUGCAAACCUACGGUGCCUCGCAACCCUGAGACCUGGCUAGACGCUGAGAAUUGCAGUUACAGUCGUUGAGGGAGGGUCCAGGCAGGGCGCUGAGAGGAAUUGGCCGCGGGUGCGUCUCUGGACCACAUUUCCCAGAGGGCCCGGUGGGCCGGUCGCUCUUCUCGCAAGAACGCGAACGUUUCGUCACGCCUGGCGGGACCGUUAGAUCAGUGAGGUGAGAGUCGGUGGGUCGCGGGGGACUCGAAAGGCGUAGUAAAUUGAGGAGCCCGGAGAUAGGUACCGAGGGAACUUCUGUGAAGUUUGGUCAGGUUAUAGCCCUUCGGCAGCGAUGGCCUCAGCUUUUUCCUGACACACGGAUUAGGCAGAAUGCUCCAUUCUCUGAUCUCCAUUCCCUGCGUGUGGUGGAGGCUGGGGCUGGGACUGGAGGUGACUUCUGACCAGACCAGUUUGGGGAAAAAAGGAAAACAUGGUGUUUUGCAAUUACUUUUUCCUCUCCCCAGUUCCACCCUUCUCCAGGUGCAGAAGAGAAGAAUGCACAAUGAACUUCUACAAGCAAUGUCCAAGGCUGUUUGUGGCUCCUAUGAGAUUGCAGCAGGUAGGAAAGAGGAGGGGUCAAUGAUGUUCAGGGAUGUAUCUAUAAACUUCUCUCAGGAGGAAUGGGAAUGCCUGGAUUCUGGUCAGAUGAAUUUAUACAAAGAAGUGAUGUUGGAGAAUUUCAGCAACCUGGUUUCAGUGGGACUUUCCAAUUCUAAGCCAGCUGUGAUUUCCUUAUUGGAACAAGGAAAAGAACCCUGGAUGGUUGAAAGAGAGCUGACAAGAGGCCUUUGUUCAGAUCUGGAAUCUAUGUGUGAGACCAAGAUAUUAUCCCUGAAGAAGAGACAUUUUAGUCAAGUAAUAUUUACCCAUGAAGACAUGCCCACUUUUAUUCAGCCCACAUUUCUUGCUCCACAUCAAAAAACUGUUAAUGAAAAGAAACCCUGUGAAUGUAAGAUAUGUGGAAAGGCCUUUAAUCAGAACUCACAAUUUAUUCAACAUCAGAGAACUCAUUCUGCUGACAAAAGCUAUGAGUGUAAGGAGUGUGGGAAGACCUUUAGCCGUGGCUCACUUGUUACUCGACAUCAGAGGAUUCACACUGGUGAAAAACCCUAUGAAUGUAAGGAAUGUGGCAAGGCUUUUAGUUGUAGUUCAUAUUUUUCUCAGCAUCAGAGGAUUCACACUGGUGAGAAACCCUAUGAAUGUAAGGAAUGUGGAAAAGCCUUUAAUUAUUGCUCAAACCUCAAUGAUCAUCAGAGAAUCCACACUGGUGAGAAACCCUAUGAAUGUAAAGUAUGUGGAAAAGCCUUUACUAAGAGUUCUCAACUUUUUCCACAUCUGAGAAUUCAUACUGGUGAAAAACCUUACGAAUGUAAGGAAUGUGGGAAGGCCUUUACUCAACACUCAAGGCUUAUUCAACAUCAGAGAAUGCAUACUGGUGAGAAACCUUAUGAAUGUAAGGAAUGUGGGAAGGCCUUUAGUAGUGCCUCAACACUUACUAACCAUCAUAGAAUUCAUGCAGGUAAGAAACUCUAUGAAUGUAAGGAAUGUGGAAAGGCCUUUAUUCAGAGCUCAGAACUUAUUCAACAUCAGAGAAUCCAUACAGAUGAAAAACCUUAUGAAUGUAAUGAAUGUGGGAGGGCUUUCAAUAAAGGCUCAAACCUUACUAGACAUCAAAGAAUUCAUACUGGUGAGAAACCCUAUGACUGUAAGGAAUGUGGAAAGGCCUUUGGUAGUCGCUCUGACCUUAUUCGUCAUGAAGGAAUUCAUACUGGGUGAAAGAUAAGCUCUGUUGAUAAUCUUUAUAACAAUAUACUUAAAACAGGUAAUGGAAAAAAACAAAACAGUGUAGUAGUUUUUUUAGGCUACUGUAACAAAGUACCGAGUACCCCAAAAUGGGGUGACUUAAAACAACAGAAAUGUAUUCUCACAGUUUGGAGCUCUGAAAUCCAAAAUUAAAGUUUUUGGUAAGGUUGGUUCCUUCGGAGGAAGAUUUUAUUCCGUGUCUUUCUCCUGGCUUCUGUUAAUAGCAGUCUGUGACAUUCCUUGUCUUGUAAAUGCAUCACUCCAAUCUCUGCCUCGAUCUUUACAUUUCAUUCUCCCUGUAUAAAUUUGUCUCUGUCUUGUAUACAAGAGGAGACUCAUACAGAACAUCAGUCAUAUUGGAUUAGGGCUCACCCUUAUGACCUUACUUUGAUUACAUCUGCACAACGACGUUAUUUCCAUGUAGGAUCACAUUCACAGGUGCCAGAGCUUCGGACUUCAACAUAGUUUAACCCAUAACACUGUUAACGAUGUUUUUCUAACAUAUUUGUCGUUUUCUUGUAUACAUAAUUUGUUGAAUCUAUUUCAAAAUGUAAAUUCAAGGUUUAAGUAAAACCUCCCUUCCCUCCAAAAAAGAUUCUGUCUCAAAGUAGUUCUUAAAUAAUUCUUUCCUCCCCAUUGUUUUAUGCUGCUUGAGUUUGAGUUUGUUAGCUUAGUUUUAGAGCCAUCUUUUCUAUUGCUGUGCCCUAUAGAUCUAUUUCUACCAAUACCGUACUAUAAGUUACAUUACAUAGACUAUAUUCUAAUUCCUGGCAGAAUUAUAACUUUGUUUUUGAAGGCAGCUCUAUUUCUUUCCCUUUUGUAACACUAAAGUUUUCACGUUUUCAAAACAAAACAAAACAAAUACAAACAAAACCUUCACACACACAGUGAAAAAAAAGUAGGUUAUUUGUAAGCCUACCAAAAAGAAAUUACUAUUUUCAAAUUAUACAACAUAUCCUUCCAGACUUUAGUGUAAUCAUGAUGUGCAUGCUAUACCAUAACCUGUUUAUCAUUCUUUUUAAUGGUAUCAUAAUAAUCUUUUCUGUGGUAGAUUAUCAUUUUGCUAAAUAUUACUGACAUACUCUAUGGUGCUCACUGAAAUUUUACAGUUAUAAAAGUUGCCUUCUAAAUACAAAGUUAGUGCUUUUGUUUGUUUUUCUUUAAAAACAUUACAUUUCAAUGUCAAAAUACUGUUCCGUAUUUUCUCCUUGAAAAAUAUUGCCAAUAGUUUCAGUUCUGUCAUUGUAAUCACGUUAUCGGUUUAUCCUUCCAGACCCCUUU